UGUGUGUUUGGAAAGCCCUGUCUGUCUGUGGAUGGUGCUGAGCUCCCAGACCACUCUGGAACGAGGCCUUUCAGCCUAAAGCCUUGGCUGUCAGUGCAAAUUGUUCCUGUACCAUGUGGAAUGGUUUAGCCUAAAACUAAAUGCCUUGUUCCUUUCAAACUCCAGUUUGAGGAUUUAUUUUUUGAUUCUAGAUAGAAUAGUGACAUGAGUCAAGUUUGAGCUAUGAAUCAACAAAGCUGUUGAGAGAUGAAAAUGGUGGGUUUUGUUUUGUUUUGUUUUGUUUUUUAACUAAUCCUGUAAGUCCCUAUUUGUGACAUUUAAACUUUAUAUAUAAUGUAAAAAUGAUAACAUGCUUCUGUCAAUUGCUGCUUAUUGCACUCAAAAUCCUUUUGGUUGGUGGAUUUUAGGUAGUCUGGUCAUGAAGAAGUGAAGUUGAACUUGUUAAACAGGUGAUUCUCAGCAAAGGGAGCCCUAACAAAAUCACUUUUGUUUAGAAUUUUGUAUCUAGAUUUGCCUGUAACAAGUCUAAGGGAAAGACACGGGCAGAAACUUUGAUUCAGGAUUAGCAACAUGGCUUUCAAUGAAUGUGUGGUCCCAAUCUGGGGUUUAAAAACAUGAUUUUGUGGUAAUUAGUGGAAAAAAUGCCCUAUGAUUGGAAAAGUCAUUGGGCAGAUUAAGUGUAGGAAACCGACACUGGUACCUGCAUGUUCAGGAUUCUGAUGCUGUGUCCAUGAUGGGUAGCAGGACUAGGAGACCUCUGGAAACAAGAGUCUUUUGAUUCAUGAGCCAAGCUCUGCUCCUGUGCUAGAAACCCAUCAAAUGCCAAAUUGAGGAAAAUAGGGCAGAGAGAGAGGCUGAGUUCCACCUGAGCAGGGCAGAACCCUGGCCAUGGAGGGGUCCUGGUGCCAAAAACACUCCCAGCUGACUCUCAGUAUCUCUCCAGGCAGCUCAGCAGCCUGUGAUGAGGCAAGGCCUUCUUCCUGUGCUAUUCUGUGCCAUGCCCAGAUACGAAGGGCACAGUUAUUAUCUCCCAGAUACAUUAGGCAGCUGCAGAAUGGAAUUGGCAGGAGCUGCCUUUAGGCCUGUCCAAAUGAUGUUUGGUGACACAGCAGAAAGGGGAAGUUGGCAAACAGCUGUUGGAGCAAUCUCCUGCUCACAAGCAGCUGUUUGCUCCUUCACCUCCUGGCAGCCCUGGAAAUGUGUUUGAGAGUAGCUGUGGGUUUCUCACAGUGCUCCUGGGAGGGGCAGAAGUGACAAGUACAGAAGUCACCUUUUGCAGCCUGGAAUUAUCCUGGAAGAGCACGUGGGAAGUCCAAGAAGGGAGCAUGGACCAGCCCAGUGGAAGAAGUUUCAUGCAAGUUCUGUGUGAGAAAUACAGCCCUGAGAACUUCCCCUACCGCCGUGGGCCUGGCAUGGGGGUGCAUGUCCCAGCAACUCCACAGGGCUCCCCUAUGAAAGACCGCCUGAACCUGCCCAGUGUGCUGGUGCUCAACAGCUGUGGCAUCACCUGUGCUGGGGACGAGAACGAGAUCGCCGCCUUCUGCGCCCACGUCUUUGAGCUCGACCUCUCUGACAACAAACUGGAAGACUGGCAUGAGGUCAGUAAAAUUGUGUCCAACGUGCCCCAUUUGGAGUUUCUAAACCUGAGUUCCAACCCUCUCAGUUUGUCCGUUUUAGAGAGAAGUUGCGCCGGGUCUUUCGCUGGCGUCCGCAAACUUGUGCUCAACAACAGCAAAGCUUCCUGGGAAACAGUGCACACCAUCCUGCAGGAAUUACCAGAGUUGGAGGAGCUCUUCCUGUGCCUUAACGACUACGAAACAGUGUCUUGUUCUCCAGUGUGCUGUCAGUCUCUCAAGCUGCUCCACAUAACUGACAAUAAUCUUCAAGACUGGACUGAAAUUCGAAAGUUGGGAAUUAUGUUUCCAUCACUGGACACACUUAUCCUGGCUAACAACAACCUCACGACCAUUGAAGAGUCAGAAGAUUCCCUGGCAAGGCUCUUCCCCAACCUAAGAUCCAUCAACUUGCACAAGUCAGGUCUGCAUUGCUGGGAAGACAUUGACAAGUUAAAUUCUUUCCCCAAGCUUGAGGAAGUGAAAUUGCUGGGAAUUCCUCUGCUGCAGUCUUACACCACUGAGGAACGCAGGAAGCUGCUAAUAGCCAGGUUGCCAUGCAUCACCAAGCUCAACGGCAGCAUCGUGGCUGAUGGGGAGCGGGAGGACUCGGAGCGCUUCUUCAUCCGCUAUUACAUGGAGCUCCCCGAGGAGGAGGUCCCUUUCAGGUAUCACGAGCUGGUCACCAAGUACGGGAAGCUGGAGCCCUUGGCAGUGGUGGAUCUGCGGCCUCAGAGCAGCGCCAAGGUGGAGGUUCACUUCCAGGACAAAGUGGAGGAGAUGUCCAUCCGCCUCGACCAGACUGUGGCAGAGCUGAAGAAGCACUUAAAAACUGUGGUGCAGCUGUCAACAAGCAACAUGCUGCUCUUCUACUUGGACCAGGAAGCUCCUUUUGGUCCCGAGGAGAUGAAAUACAGCUCGCGGGCGCUGCAUUCCUACGGCAUCCGGGAUGGAGAUAAAAUUUACGUGGAGCCCAGAAUGAAAUAACCUUUUUGCCCACACCCACACGCCCCCACACACCCACACACAUGCAUUGAGGAGUUUUUUGCGAGGUUUUUAUUUCGGUUGGUUGGUUGAGGUUUGGUUGUGUUUCUGUAGCAGGUAAUUUCUUAGCCCAGAGGAAGUGCCCUGAUCUGAGAACCAUGCCCACCAUCCACUGCAGGUGACCUUGAGGUGACAAAUGACUUCAGGACGUGUGUUUCAGUGUGGGCAAUACCUUGAUGUUUCCUUUGA